GACGGAGUCCUAUAUAAGAACAGACUAGAGUCUCCUAGAGGCACACUUGAUCAUCCAGAGCAACCGACAAUGAAAGCCUUCCUGAUCGUCUUCGCGCUGGUCGCCGUGGUAGCAGCUGGUCCAAGAGAUCGUCGCAGUUUGUGGGGUGGAGCUUAUGGAGGCUACGGAGGACAUGGCGCACAUGGAGUAGCACUGGCUGGACCCGUUUUGGGAGCAGCUGGUCUUGCUGGACCUCACGUAGGUGGCGCUGCUCUCGCUGGCCCCGUUGUGGGUCCAGCCCAUCUCUCCGGAGCAGUUGCUGGGCCUGUUCAUGUGUCUGGGGCCGUUGCUGGCCCUGCUGUCGUCACUGGGUCCGUUGCUGGACCUGCUCAUGUUGACGGAGGUUAUGGUGGUGCCUGGGGUGGAGCAGGAUGGGGCGGAGCAGGAUGGGGUGGACCCGGAUGGGUCGGAGCUGGCUGGGCAGGAGCUGUUGGACAUGGAGCUGGACAUGGCGUCGUCCUGGCAGGUCCUGCUGCUCAUGGUGCAGUGAUCGCUGGACCCCACGCAGGCAGCGCUGCCGUAGCUGGACCCUCUGCAGGAUCAGCCGUGAUUGCUGGUCCAUCCGGAACCAUCACGACUCACGGUGCGGGUCAUGGUGGCGUCCAUGCCGGAUACGGGCAUAAUGGUCAUUGGUAAAAAGAAAAAUAUUUCUAGAUUUUUCUGGAUUUUAACAAAACACUGCCUGCCUCUUCGAAUCCACCAGACUUCAAAAACUCCUCGCAACCCCCAGAGAUUAUUAUUAGUACUGAAACGUCAUGAUACUCACUACUCUACCUGACUUAUGUAUAUAAAGUAUGUUCAUGUACAUGCCUUUAAAAUAAAUGCAAUUUUUU